ACCACCUCCUGUCAACCACAACCGAUUGGUCGCCCUCCCGAUCAAUUGGCCCCUCCGAACGAUUCUGCUCAACUGAGCCCCCGUCAGCAGAGCAGUUCUUUUUACUCAGACACCACCGUCAAGAUGUUGUCCAGAGCUGCGCGACCGGCUCUGCGAGCUGGAGCUGCAAUUCCCUCUCGCGCCGUCACAUCCACUCCCAAUGCCGCCGCCGGCUUCGCAACCCUGCGCGAGAUUGAGGGCCGCCUCAAGUCGAUCCGCAACAUCGAGAAGAUUACCAACACCAUGAAGAUCGUCGCCUCGACCAAGCUCGCCCGCGCCCAGCGCGCCAUGAACCAGGGCAAGGUGUACGGCGAGACCAGCAAGGAGGUUUUCACCCAGGCCGAGACCAAGGCCCUCGAGGGCGAGGACAAGAAGACCCUGCUCGUCGUCUGCUCCUCCGACAAGGGCCUCUGUGGCGGUAUUCACUCCGGCAUGUCCCGUUACAUCCGCCGCCUCUAUGCCGAGAAGCCCACCGCGUACGAGCUGGUCAUCGUCGGCGAGAAGUGCAAGGCUCAGCUGUCGCGUACCCAGGCCAAGGACAUCCAGCUCACCUUCGCCGGCAUGGGCAAGGACAUCCCCACCUUUGCCGAUGCCCAGGCCAUCGCCGACCAGAUCGUCCUCCUGCCCAACGAGUAUGCCGAGGUCAAGGUCAUCUACAACAAGUUCAUCAACGCCCAGAGCUACGAGGCUUCCGAGAUCGAGGCUUUCUCCGAGGAGGCUAUCCAGGCUUCGCAAAACUUCUCCGCCUUCGAGAUCGACGAGGAGCUCCUGCCUAACCUCCGGGAAUACUCCCUCGCCAACGCCAUCUACUGGGGUUUGGCUGAGGGUCACGCCUGCGAGCAGUCUGCCCGCCGAAACGCUAUGGAUAACGCCUCCAAGAACGCCGGUGAGAUGAUCAACAAGUACCAGAUUCUCUUCAACCGUACCCGUCAAGCCGUCAUUACUGGCGAACUGGUCGAGAUUAUCACCGGUGCCACUGCCUCCGCGGACAUGUAAAUAGACUUCAGGCCAUAUAGAAGUGUGAGAAGGAGCAGGCGUGGUGAAGGAAGCUGGGUGUUGAGAUGCCGGGAAGGGCAUGCAAAAUCAAAGCAGAUGUUCCCUUUGUACCACUGCACAUUUUGAAUGAAGGCUGCAACAUCUUAUGCCCAUGUACCAAGAACAGUAGAAUCAAAAUGAGGAUUCAAAAGAAGAGGAUAUGCAUGGCAUUUAUUAUGUUUCAUGCGUGUGUGUGUGCGCGCGCGUAGUCACUACUUAAGUAGUUUCUAAGUACAUUCCCA